CAUCCAGAUCCCGAUCGUUCGGCGCGAAGUCUGCGAAGGCCCACGCACAUCUACCCGGAGCGCACCCGCGCCCUCGCCAGCUUCGGACGUCCCCACGGCGGCCGAACUCCUCAUCUCCCCCUCCAAGAGCGUUCUCGCGAUACCCACGCACGAUCCGGACAUAGUGCGCAUCCGCAACGUGCCGAUCCAGACGAUCUCACUCGAGGAGGAGCUAUCGAAGGCGGGCAUGCGGCCUCCGCGCUUCACGACCGACCCGCUCGCGGAUGCAGUGUACGUCUCGGCGCACACGGGCGCUGAGCGCCUCGAGAAGCGCAGCAAGAAUAUCGAGCGCGACUUGCUGCACCAUAAUGCGGCGAAGAUCGAGAGUGAUCUGGAGAAGCUUCGCGGCCCGGAGUGGUGGAAGGUGAUUGGCCUGAGUCAGGCGGUCGUCGCGGCCUGCGGAAAGAAGGAGCUGGCCAAGCGGAAGGAGCCGUUGGUGAAGCAUCUCGAGGCCACUCUCGAUAAGUACAAGGCGUGGAGCAACAGCGAGAAGAGGAAGAAGCAUGGAAGGACCAGCAAUAGUCCCAAGGACAGUCAGGAUAGGGAUAGCUACGACAACACCGGCAGUGAGCGCGGCGGUGGUAGAUUCGCUUCCCACGAGAGCGGAGUGGCGGGAGAGGAAGGAUACGGAGGAGAGGAGGACGGAGAGGAGGAGGAGGACGAGGAGGAGGACGGCAACGAGAGCGACAUCCACAUCCAGAGGAGAACCACGAAGAAGCGCGCUCCGACCUUGAAGAAGGCCAGGCGCACGUCACCUACCGCUUCCGACGCAAGAGUGCAGAAGAAGCAGCUGCCACCGAAGCCGCCGAAGCCCGAGCCGGAAUUCACCUCGUUCUACGACACGCCGUCGGCCCGGCUACAGGCCAUCAGCAAUAACCGCCGCAAGAGCUCGCGCAUGCAGACGGCUUUCGGUGUUCCUCUCCCCACUAUGGAGGAUAAGGAAUUCCAGCUGCCCGAGGAGCUGCUUGCUAGCACCUCGGCUGCGAGGCAUGCCAGGGCCAGGAAGCGGUUGUCGAGGUGAUCGAUCCCUCUGUAGAUGCCCGAGUACAGUGUGUUGGUGCCACUGGAUUGGAGGUUCCUCGUUGGAUGGAUGUACAGUUUUCCGGGAGUGGGUUUCUUUUUUUCCUUCUUUUCCUUUCUUCUUGGGUGGGCUUUCGGCACCCUUGUGUUUCUUUUGAGUACUUUUGAUUCUCUCUUAUAUUCUCUUUUUGUUUCUAAUUGGGUCUGGAUUUGGGUUGGGGGUGUCAAUGGAUGUGUUUUCCUUUUCCGCUUCUGUUUUCCUUUCUCGCUGGAUGGGAUGGGAAUUCGAAAUUUUGGAUGGAUGGGAAACUGUAUACUAGUAUUACAGAUGCGUGCUGUGCUGUGCAGGUCGGGAAAUGGAUUGAAGUGGAUUGAAGUGUAUUGAAAUGCAUUCCUGUAGAGUACGGUACUCUACAUUAGGUACAUUAUGUAACUACAAAGCAGGAGCUGUAACCUCGUCUUCGGUCUGG